AUGUUGGCAUCACUCGACCAUCGCAUUCGAACUGAUAACAAUCGACGAAUCGAUAUGAAUGCAACAAAAAUACAAUCAACAUCAAACGAACAAGAUCUGUCAUCGUUGCCGUCAUCCAAUCACUUCCUCUUCUUCUUCGCCCGUUCGUCGUCUUCGGCCGACGGGCACAUAACACAGGAAGAGGCAGUCGCUCGACUUGGCGACCAAUUUGAACAGGUGAAAAUGGUCGCGUAA